CGGCGAGCGCGGCCGCAGCUUCCAGCAGCCGGUUGGGACGCGGGGGCCGAGGCGCAGGCGGAACGCAAUGGCUGCGUGGGGCGAGCGGCUGGCUGGCGUGCGCGGGGUGCUGCUCGACAUCUCAGGCGUGCUGUACGACGGCGGUGAGGGCGGCGGCGCGCCGAUCGCAGGCUCUGUGGAGGCGCUGGCGAGACUGAAGCGGUCCCAGCUGAAGGUGAGGUUCUGCACCAACGAGUCGCAGAAGUCCCGGGGGGACCUGGUGGGGAUGCUUCGGCGUCUGGGCUUCGACAUCUCAGAGGGCGAGGUGACCGCCCCAGCCCCUGCCACCUGCCUGAUCCUGAAGGAGCGAGGCCUGCGGCCACACCUGCUCAUCCACGACGGAAUCCGCUCGGAAUUUGAUCAGAUCGACACGUCCAACCCAAACUGUGUCGUAAUUGCAGAUGCAGGAGAAGGCUUUUCUUAUCAAAACAUGAAUAAAGCUUUCCAGGUGCUCAUGGAGCUGGAGAAUCCUGUGCUCCUCUCACUGGGAAAAGGACGCUACUACAAGGAGACCUCUGGCCUGAUGCUGGACGUUGGUCCCUACGUGAAGGCGCUUGAGUAUGCCUGUGGUAUCGAAGCCGAGGUGGUGGGGAAACCUUCCCCUAAGUUUUUCAAGUCUGCUCUGCGAGAGAUGGGGUUGGAAGCCCACCAGGCCAUCAUGAUCGGGGACGACAUCGUGGGUGACGUCAGCGGUGCCCAGCGGUGUGGGAUGAGAGCGCUGCAGGUGCGGACCGGGAAGUUCAGGCCCAGUGACGAGCACCACCCGGAAGUAAAGGCUGAUGGGUAUGUGGACAACCUUGCGGAGGCUGUGGACCUGCUGCUGCAGCACGCGGACAAGUGACAGGCCUUCUGGGAGGGCCCCUAGCCUCCUGCCACCCUCCCCUGUGCCCAGACCAUCCGAGGCACUGCCCUCUGCCCUCUGCCCUGGACGGGCAAGCGAGAGGGUGCCAGCCAGGCAGUUCUGGGCUGCCCUGCCCCUGAGCCACCAGCCCCUCCUCUGUCUCCCUCUGCCGACCCCCCUUCCCUCCUCCUCUCCGGUCACAUCUCCCAGCCUCCUGGGCGAAGUUUGAUCCCCACCUGCUGGCCCAUCCCCUGCCUGUGCUUCCCUAGUGAAGUCAAGAGGUGGGGCACAUCUGUUGAAUCCCCAAACCCAUCCUCUCUCCAGUCGGCCAGUCCUUUCAAUGCGCUACCGAAUCGGACUCAGGCGUUUGCCCACUGCCUCUUAUCAAACAGCACUUGAGUUUUAGGGAGGCGCCUGGAGAAAGCGGGGACCCCCGAGCAUAGUCCUUGCAGCCAGAGCCGAGCCAGCCUCCCCGGGACUGCCCAGCGGCCCCUGCCCUCACCUGGUGUCAGAGGGACCGCUCGGCGCUCCCCACGAACCCCCCAAACAAUGCAGCCCGCCUUUCCUAUCCCAAGUCACCUCUGGAGCCCAAAUGGAGCGUCUCCCAGGGGCACUUUAAAGACUGCCAUCCUUCAGAGCAAGAAUUGUAACCUCUGGAAUCUGGGUGGCAGGUGGAGGGUACCUUCUGGAGCCUUAACUCGAUAGACUUGAAUGUGUCACAUCCAGGAAACUAACAGUUAAAUCAACUCUGCCCUGA